AUGUCUGCUGUCCCAAGUGUUCAAACUUUCGGUAAGAAGAAGUCUGCUACCGCCGUCGCCCACGUCAAGGCCGGCAAGGGCUUGAUUAAGGUCAACGGUUCCCCCAUCACCUUGGUGCAGCCAGAGAUCUUGAGAUUCAAGGUCUACGAGCCUUUGCUAUUGGUUGGCUUGGACAAGUUUGCCAACAUCGACAUCAGAGUCAGAGUUACCGGUGGUGGUCACGUUUCCCAGGUUUACGCCAUCAGACAGGCCAUUGCCAAGGGUUUGGUCGCCUACCACCAAAAGUUCGUUGACGAGCAGUCCAAGAACGAGCUAAAGAAGGCUUUCACCUCUUACGACAGAACCUUGUUGAUUGCGGACUCCAGAAGACCAGAGCCUAAGAAGUUCGGUGGUAGAGGUGCUCGUGCUAGAUUCCAGAAGUCUUACCGUUAA